AUGACCAAUCUUUUUGUCGCCCUGCUCUUUUUCAGAGCCUUCUUUAGCUCAGUUCAUGCACUACCUCGAGAUCAUGUUGCACAGCGCUCCAGCUCUGGAUGUGGCAAGAAGCCGUUCCUUCCGGGUGUCACACAAUAUCGCUUCCUCAAGAGCAGCAAUAAAGACCGCAGCUACUCCUUCCACCUACCUAGCUCCUAUGAUGCCAGGAAGCCGUAUGCAGUCGUACUUGGCUUCCAUGGCUCCAGCAGCAUCGGCGCAUUCUUCGAGCUGGAUACCAAGUUGAGUCAAGAGAGGUAUAGCAGCAAUAAGAUCAUGAUCUAUCCGAAUGGUGUUGGAGGAAGCUGGGCAGGGCCAACGUAUCAUGAUGGCAGCACUAUCGCCGAAGACGUCCAGUUUGUACAAGAUGUUAUCGAUGAUGCGAAAGAACAGUUCUGCGUUGACGAAAACCAUUUUUUCGGCGUUGGCAUGUCCAACGGCGGGGGAUUCAUCAGCACGCUCGCCUGUGACCCUGUCGGCAGCAAACUGUUCAAGGCGGUUGCGGCGCAUUCUGGGGCAUUUUACACGGAUAUUAAUGGGCCAAGUAAUGGAUGUUCACCUGCGAAGAAAAUUCCGAUACUAGAAAUCCAUGGAGCAACCGACAAGACUGUGAAAUAUGAGGGCGGGCAGGGUGACGGUGGUCCUCAACCGGCAAUUAGCAACUGGCUGGAUUGGUGGGCGCAACGCAACUCCUGCACAGGAAAGACUGAAGAAGUCAUCGAAGAUGGCAAUGUUCAGCACUACUCAUGGUCAUGUGACGGAAUCGAGGGCUUGCUGCAACACUACAAAGUCGAAGGCCUAGAUAUCUGUGCCACAACUACCGACAGUGAUCAGAGCAAGUGUGAUCGCCAUGAAGUUCUUUGA